AUGAGUGAUUCAGACGACGAACCAAUUACUUUGUCUGCUCAUGCACUUGCUGCAUUACAAGAAUUCAAAAAUGAAGAACAAGAACGUUUAGAAAAGUUUGAAUCCUUGUACCAACAAUCCGAAGACAAAUUCGAUGAACAAAAGAAGCAACAAGCAAACAUCACCAUCGAUGACUUUAAAGAAGACUGGCAAUUAUCUCAGUUUUGGUAUUCUGAUGAAACAGCCAGAAUAUUAGGGAAAGCGUUGUUAGAAGGUGCAGAUGAUGAAACUGUAGUUGUAAUUGCCAGUGCACCUUCUGUUUAUGCUGCUAUCAAACAGUUCCCACCGGAAGAAAUCCCUACCGAACACAUCUACUUAUUGGAAUUUGAUCCAAGAUUUAAAGUCUUGGCUGGAAGUGAACACUUCAGUGUUUAUGAUUAUAACAAGCCAAAUGACAUUCCAGAGAAAUUACGUAACAAAUGUCACAGAAUCUUGAUUGACCCACCAUUUUUGGAAGAAGAAUGUCAAACCAAAUCCAGUGAAGCUGCCAGAAACUUGUUGGUUAAGGAUAGAUCAGGUAAAACCAAGUCAGGCGAUGAUAAAUACAAAUUGAUCAGUUCUACUGGGGAAAGAAUGAACGAAUUGGUCACCAAGAAGAAUUACCCCGACACAAAGAUGACAGAUUUCUAUCCAGAGCAUAAAAAUGGAUUGAGUAAUGAAUUCCGUUGUUAUGCUAGUUUUGAAUGUUCGUACUGGAAGUUUCAAAAAUAG